AUGAUACUUCGAGCUCAGACUUGUCCAGCUGGACAGUGGCUUUCAGUCAAGCAGGGGCUGCAGAAGGCAGAGCCUCUGGCCUGGCUGCGGCGUGCCUGCCUCCCACGCCAGAGAACGCCAGGUCACUCCAUCACCGCCAAGGAGACGAACCCAGGAAGGACACCACCUCACCAUGCAGACCUGGCCACAAGCCCAGGGGUGGAAAAGGAGCAUGAGAAGAGAGGAAGAGCAUUAUUGGAUAUGGAAACUUUUAAACACAUGAUGAAGCAGAGUAUGAAGACACAGGAUAUAAUGGCUGCUCAGAUUCCAACCAACAAUCCUCAUUCCAGACAUCAGGAAGAGAGUAUUGAACAAAUAGAACAACUUUUCAUGAAAAUAGACUACGAAGCAGUGGGGGGAAUUCAGUGGGAUGGCUUCUGCACAUAUCUGCAACUGCAGUAUUUGGAGCAGGCCAGUGCUCUGGCCCGACAGAAAGAGGCUUCUUUCCUGCUGCCUGCUCUACCUCAGAGGCUGUCCCAUGGGGCCCCCGUGCUGCGCAUGCUCUCUAUGCCUGAUGACACCUUAAUCGUGAUCAAAGAAGAUGGAGCUAUUUAUUUCUGGUCCCUGCAGCUGAAGUUGAAAAGAAAAAAGUGGAUUUUUGGAAAAUCCAUCAGGCAGAACCCCAGGUGGGUGACAGAUGUUGUCAGCAUGCCCCAGUACAAUAAGCUGAUCAUUGGGACUGGAAGCCGUGAGCUACAGCUAUAUGAGCUCUCCAACUUGGAACCUUACUGUCAGAUUGGUGGCCUGGGUGCUGUUCCCCUGAAACUGGACUUCUGCUCCAUGGCUCCUGACAAGUGCCUGAUCCUCUACGGAGAUGACCAGGUCAGUGUAGGAGAAGAACUGAGUCAAGGACCAAACACCCACCUGGUGUCCUUUCCAGAAAAAAUGGGGGGCUUAGCAAAUCAGGGCUACAUUUUAUUUCAAGUAUCGUUUUCGGUUUCUGCUCCUUUCAUCUUUGUGGCUGACUACCUCAACUGCCUGCUGUGUACCUGGUGGGCCAUGCAGCAAGCAGAUGUGCACACAGAGAGCCCCUGCCCCGAGCUGGCUGUCAUAUGGCUAGAAGUGGCUUCUCUGGAGACAUAUAGCUUCAUUGGCUAUACCAAGGGUGUUUUAUGUAUGGCUUUCAAGGCUGCUGCUACUGCUGCUGUUGCGAUGGUGGCUGGAUGUGUGAACAUUCUGAUUUUGGCAUCUGUAGGUGAAUUAUUAAGAACUUGGAAGAAGAUGCCCAAAGUCGACAACAUGCCAACCAUUACUAUUCGCACCACUCUCACCUCUCCAAAUGUAAACUACAUCCGAUGGAAAGUGCAUGGAGACUGGGUUACUCAGCUGAACUACUAUGACUCUAUGAAAGCCAUCAUUUCCAGCUCCAACCACGAGCCCACAGCUCUAGUAAUAGGGUGCACAUUGGGAACGACAAAUGUCAAGCAAAAGAUGAAAGAGAUGAUACAUGUGGGAAAAGAUGUCAAAAUCAGGGAAGGCUCGGCCUCUCCCGCCGUGCCUCAAAAACGGGCAGAAUGGGAUCAAAUGGUUUUUCACAUCUAUAAAGGAGUCAAAGUGUUUUCGUUCUGCAAGAGAAAGAACUUGCUGCUGACGGGUGGCAUGGAUCGGAUCAUUAGAGUCUGGAAUCCCUAUAUGCCCAGAAAGCCAACAGGUAUGCUGAGAAGCCACACGGCCCCUGUGAGCUACAUCCACAUCUCCUCGGAGGACAGCAAAAUAUUUUCUAUGUCCAUCGACAACACUGUCAAGAUUUGGGAUCUGGAGACCCACAGCUGCUUGUUCACAGCCUCCUCCAAAGCCAGUGGUAUUAAGGGGGAGUUUGCAACCUGCCUUUAUCUCCCUGGCCCCCAAGCCCUGUGUGUGGCCACUGAUUCUGUAGCACUCCUGCAGCUGAGACUAAGGUCUGCCCCAGAGCCCCAGCUGGUGCUUUCUCACCAAGAGCCUGUGGUAUGCUGUGGAUAUAACCUAAUCUUCAGGCAUGUGGUCAGCUGCUCAGAAGCAUCCGUAGUGAAAGUGUGGGACUUGGACACAGGAAGACACUUAUCUGAAUUUAUUGGAGAUCAUGACAAUGCUGGAAUUACUUGUCUGACCUUUGACUCCAGCGGAAGAAGGCUUGUAACCGGAGGCAGAGAUGGCUGUCUGAAAAUCUGGAGCUAUAACAAUGGACAUUGCCUGCACACCUUGAGACACGAUGAGAAACAAAGUGAAGUCUGCGAUUGCACCUACCUGGAGAUAAACCAAAAGAAGUAUGUCAUAGCGGUUGGAUGGGAUCGAAGAAUAAAUGUGUACUUUGAUGCCCCACAUGACUUUCAUCACUUCUGGAAGCCGCAGCCUCCCUGGCAGGAUGACCUGAACCAUGGGCACAAGGAGGACAUCCUCUGUGUGGCUCAAUGCCCACCUUUUCUUCUGGCCACCUCCAGUUAUGAUGGAGAGAUUAUCAUUUGGAAUGUCAUCUCAGGCCACAUAUACUGCAAGCUGGACACUCCUAGCCAUGUGGAUGGCCUGGAUCAUUCCCCAGGCCCAGACCAAAGUGUCUCUUGCCUCACUUUCCUAAAGACUCGGGCAGCCAAGUUGGACUCGGUAGCUGCUUCUCUCAUGGCCAAUGGGCCUGGAGGUUCUGUCACCUUCUGGAAGCUAUUUGGUGGCGCUGGCCUGGUGGCAGACUUCACUCCUGUAAAUGUGAACUUCUGGAGGGCCCAUGUCAACACAGUGACAUCUUUGGAGCUGAUUGAGGAAGAAAACAUUUUACUAUCAUCCUCACUCGACCACACCGUGUGCCUGUGGAGCAGGGAUGGGACACGCAUAGGUACCUUUGGGCAGAAUAUCCCCUGGGAUAUUUUUACUCCUACCUCCUGGAGUCAUCCAAGAAGCCCUGAUGAGAUUCUGAAAGAUUCCCAGAGCAUGACAGCUCACCCUGUGCUGGAAGGAGAUGCUCUUGCUGGGCACAAAGAAGCACAGGAGGAGCAGAACAACAUGAUAGAGGAGAAGGUCCCUGAUGAGGUUGAAAAGAUCUAUAACCUUCCUCCUCCAGAAGAUCCCAAGGUUGAGGAUGAGGUGCAAGAAUGUAUGAACAAACAGUCUUCAUUUUUCCAUAGCAGGCUACAGCCAGCACUGAACAGGCCUUGCAAUAGAGUGCCAGAGCCCAGGUGGCCCAGCAUUUACCAGAGACUCCGGUGCCAUGAGAUUGCCUGCGUGUCUGUCCUUGGGGAGAAGCCAGAUUUGUCUAUUAUUGGCUCGGAUUUGUUCGAUGUGAAUUUCCGCCCGCAGGAAGAAGUGGAGCUGCCCAGAAGGAGCACUGAUCCUCUGUCUGAGUGCUAA